AUGUGUCGGAAGUUGACACGGCAGCAGUGGUACAACCAGAGGAUCACGUGCAUCGGCCACUUCUAUGCUGAGCAGGGCGUCGGUACACAAAGCCCGAGAUUGUGCAGGACUCGCCCGGCUAUGACGAUAGAUGAGUUCAUGUCGGUUGUACCACAUUGGGCUGAUAAUAAUAAGAGGGCCGCCUUCAUGGAGUUGGUCAAGAAUUGGGUCGGCGAAAACCCCGAUUUCAAGGCCGUGAGCGACCGGAACAAGGCCAACCGUGGUUCUCAGGGAACACACACUGCGGGGAGCAGCAGCACCGAUCGCUAUCGGGAGCGUCUGGGGAAGAAGCUCGGGAGGGAACUUGGUGAGAUGGAAGCGUGGACGCACAUGAAAUAG